GUGCCCCGCGGCGGCAGGCGUGGCGGCCCGGUUGCUAGGACUUGGAUAAGCGUGGCGUUCGCGAGGGCGUCCCUCAGCUGCUUCCGGUUGUAUGUUCCGGGUCAUCACAGUCCCCUGCCUCGGGGUUAUCUAUUCACCAUCUUUACCGCAGUCGAGCCCCGUUGAGGAUGGAGCCCACCUCAGACUUUGCAGAGCAACCUGGGCCUGAGAAGACUGAAAGUAAGGAGCAAGAGCCGGCGCAAUGGCAAGCCCUCCCUGUCCUGUCGGAGCAGCAGUCUGGGGCCGUGGAGCUGGUGCUGGCCUAUGCCGCCCCUGUCUUGGACAAGCGCCAGACGUCCCGCCUCCUCCGGGAGGUGUCUGCUGUCUAUCCACUUCCUGCCCAGCCCCACCUCAAGCGGGUGCGCCCCAGCCGCAGUGCAGGCGGUGCUCACUCCUCAGAUCUGCUGCUGUGCCUGGCAGGGCCCUCUGCGGGCCCCCGCUCAUUGGCCGAGUUACUACCCAGGCCUGCCGUGGACCCGCGUGGACUAGGCACACCUUUUCUGGUGCCUGUGCCUGCCCGGCCGCCCCUCACCAGGAGCCAGUUUGAGGAGGCGCGGGCCCACUGGCCCACAUCUUUCCAUGAAGACAAGCAGGUGACCAGCGCGCUGGCCGGGCAACUCUUCUCUGCGCAGGCACGAGCCGCCAUGCAGACCCACAUGGAACGCGCGGUACAUGCAGCCCAGAGGGCAGCGGCCCAGGGGCUGCGGGCAGUGGGCGCCGUUGUGGUGGACCCAGCCUCGGACCGCGUAUUGGCCACGGGCCAUGACUGCAGCAGCACAGCCAGCCCCCUGCUGCAUGCCGUCAUGGUGUGCAUUGACCUGGUGGCCCAGGGGCAGGGCCGUGGCUCUUGUGACCUCAGAGGCCACCCAGCUUGCUCCUUUGCACAGGCCACUGCCACUCAGGGCGCCCGCGCCGGCAGCGUGCGCAAGCUGGACGAUGACAGCCUGCCCUAUGUGUGCACCGGCUACGAUCUGUACGUUACCCGAGAGCCCUGUGUCAUGUGCGCCAUGGCCCUCGUCCACGCCCGCAUCCAGAGAGUCUUCUACGGGGCGCCCUCACCCGAUGGAGCCUUGGGUGGCCCCUUCUGCCCGGGUGCCAGGUCAGCUGAUACAGAAAUGGCAGGAAAGGAGAACAACUUCCCCCCGCUGCCUCACUUCCUGCCGCUGAAGCCCUGCUUCUACCAGGACUUCUCUGAUGAGAUCCCCGUGGAGCACCAGGUGCUGGUGAAGAGGAUCUACCAGCUGUGGAUGUGUGAGCCUCGGGUUUACUGUGCCACACUGGGUGUAAACCUGGUGGCUUGCCUGGCCUGGUGGAUUGCGGGGGGAGCUGGUGCCAAUUUUGGCCUGGCCUUGCUCUGGCUGGUUAUCUUCACGCCCUGCAGUUAUGUGUGCUGGUUCCGGCCUGCGUACAAGGCCUUCCGAGCCGACAGCUCCUUUAACUUCAUGACAUUCUUCUUCAUCUUUGGAGCCCAGUUUGUGCUGACCGUCAUUCAGGCCAUCGGCUUCUCAGGCUGGGGCGCGUGUGGCUGGCUGGCAGCCGUUGGAUUCUUUGGGACCAGUGUUGGGGCUGCUGUGGUCAUGCUGAUCCCAGCCAUCAUGUUUUCUUUGUCUGCCGUUGUGAUGGCCAUCACUAUUGUGAAGGUGCACAGGCUCUACCGCGGGGCUGGUGGGAGCCUCCAGAAGGCGCAGACAGAGUGGACCGCUGGGACAUGGAGGAACCCACCGUCAAGGGAGGCCCAGUUUAACAGUUUCUCUGGGAACAGCCUGCCUGAGUACCCCACUGUCCCCAGCUACUCGUCCAGUGGAGGCCACUGGCCCUAGGCGGGUGGCUGGCCGCAGCACCAUGGCUCUGUCUCCUACCACCAUCCUCGACCCCGAGGCCUGAGCAUCUCCAAGGUCCCAGGAGACCUCUGGCCCAUGUUCAUCUCUUGCCUGAGUCCUCAGCAAGCACUGCCCAACAGCCAUUGUCCACUGCCAUCCUACCAGAGCCUGGCUGGGUUUGCCCUGCUCCCACCUGUCAAGAGGGUAUGAACCCAGCCUGGGAGUAGAGGCCUCAGUUUCCAAGCUCCUGUCCUUUGUGUUGCUGAGAUGUAUAAAGCCAAACCCCAAGCGCCUGUGUAGAUGGGUGUGAGUGGACAGUCAGGAGCAUGGCGGCUGGACCUGCAUCCUCUGCUCUGCCAUCCGCUAUACCUGUGCUCUUCUGGGCCCUCCUACUUCUUUGUCCCAUCUCUUGUGACAGUGACAACCUGCUGUCCCCUCUACCACCCAGGAUCCUGAGUAGACCUCUGCCCACUUGCAGGCCCUGAUCCACUUGGCUGAGGGUACUCUGACUGCCAGGAGACCCCCUCCCUCUCUGUGGGCAGCUGGAGGAGAGGAACAGGCUCUGCUGCCUGGCAGGCCAAACCCCCAGCCACAGGACUUCUGGAAAAGAUCUGUGCCUUAGAGAGACCUGUCCCCCUCCCCACAACCUCUGCCUUCCCAGGGCAGCUGUGGCCUUGCCAGGAGAGCCAAACUGAGUCUUGGAAUGUCCACAGCACAGCACCUCUGAUGACCUUGGACUCAAUAUUCUUUGUGACCUGAUGCUACCAGCCAAGUCACCAAGUCCCCAGGCCACCCCACAGGGCUGUGUGCCAGUAUCAUGCCAAACUGUCUGGGCACCUGACCUCUACCCAUCUCCGAGGGGCGUAGGGAUGGAGUCAAGUGCCUGCCAGGUGACACUCCAGAGCCACCUGCAGCUCUUCCUGCCCAGCCCUGGGUAUGUGCGCCCGUAUGCCAUAGUUGGUUUUGUUAUAUGAGAAUAUUCUGCAAAUAAAUUCUCUUUCUGCA